UGAACUGUGAUACGGGGGUCGUUUGUUCGGACACGUGUCGCUGUUGUAGAGGAUAGGAACGCACGAUGUAAGAUCAAUUAGAGCGGAGAUGUCGUUUUUACCGGGCACGUGAGUGGAUUGUGAGAGACUGAACGUUUGAUUUGGUGAUUUGUUUAUUGUUCGUGACACUGUCCAGCUGCAAUAACGGGGGAAACCGGCAACAACAUGUCUUAUCUGGCCUUGGACUCCAAUGCGUGGCAGGACCGUUUGACGAGUCACGGGGGCAUAUCCACCCUUGGCGGUGGCAAUUCAUCGCCCUACUCUGGUGCCCAUCACCACGGACACCGAGGAAACGGCAAUGGUGGCGGCGGUAUGCCCCAUCAUGCUGGUGCAUCCUUACCUACGGCAUCAGACUUUCAACCCCCCUAUUUUCCACCACCCUUUCCCACCCAUCAUCAUGCCCCGGCAAGUCCACAGCAUGGUCUUGGCCAGCCCCAACACCUCGACUACCUCGUCGGUGAUCCCUACACCCAAACCCUUAACACACUGCAUCAGCAUCAUUACAAUCAUCUCAGCGCGGCCGUUUCCGCUGGACAGAGGAGCGGUGAUCUCAGGAGGGACGCCGAGGGUAUUCACGUGACGAAUAUGCACGCGUCCUUCCCCUACGACGGAAGUCGUGGAAGCGCCGGCGGUGGUGGGGGCGGGGGCGGCAGGGGUGUGGACUCUUACGGCGCUGUCCGACGUCCGGAUGCCCUCCUACCACCACCGGGACUCGAUCAAACUGAUCUUCUGCACACGAGUCUCGUUGACGACCCCCAGGUGAGCGACGAUAAUACAAAUGUCGAUGAUGGGGGAUUUAUGAACGACCUUCCACUCUUAAAAAAUAUGAAACAGUCAGACCGGGGUGAGAAGGGAAUGCUAUCGGGUAAUACUCAGCCAUCUGAUGUCUUCUGUUCCGUACCAGGAAGACUGUCGUUAUUAAGCAGCACCAGCAAGUACAAAGUCACGGUCGCCGAGGUACAGAGACGGCUGUCACCGCCGGAGUGUCUCAAUGCUAGCCUACUCGGUGGUGUUUUACGAAGGGCGAAAUCGAAAAACGGCGGUCGGUUGUUGAGGGAAAAGUUGGAGAAGAUUGGAUUGAAUCUACCCGCCGGGAGGAGGAAGGCAGCCAAUGUGACGCUAUUGACGUCCCUCGUUGAAGGAGAGGCUAUUCACCUGGCCCGAGACUUUGGGUACGUCUGUGAGACCGAGUUCCCGGCGAAACAAGUCGCCGAAUACCUGAGUCGACAGCAUUGUGAGCCGCAGGACUCGUACAGGAGAAAAGAGCUGCUCCAUGCCACCAAACAAAUCACCAAAGAGCUGAUGGACCUGUUGAAUCAAGACAGAUCGCCCCUGUGUAAUACUCGACCACCCCACAUUCUGGAUCCAAGUAUACAAAGACAUCUGACGAAUUUCUCGUUAAUAUCACAUGGGUUUGGUAGUCCAGCGAUAGUAGCUGCCCUCACGGCAAUUCAGAAGUUCCUAACCGAGUCACUAAAUCACAUGGAGAAGAUGUAUCCGGGUAAUGGAAGCGGAGUAACAAGCAGUCAACAGUCGAGCCUAGAUGCUAACAAGAACAAGGACAAUUCCUUGAUGAAUGACAUGAAGAAGUGACGUCCAGAAGACCCGCCUACCUCUAACGUGGUCACGUCAAUCAGCCACUCUUGGCCCUAUACACCUAAUGUGUAGUUAUUGUUCAAUAUGGACCACAUCUGUGUACUUCGAUUGGAGGUUGGCUGGUCAAAUCCAACGAAUACUCAUUUAACUCAAUUGUAAAUUGUUUUCCCCCUCUCACAACUGUAUUCUUUAAUUAUAAAUUAAUGUCAAGUUGGUGCAAGUCCACGAAGGCACAGACAAAUUCAUAUCAGCCUGGACCAUAUCAAUUUUACCUUAAAAAUGUUAUACGUAAUUAUUCAUAUUUUCUUCUUUCUCGUGUAAAUAUUCGUUUUUAUCAUUACGUUCAACUCCUCUUAUCUUGUUGGAGGUGAAUGUGCUGCCCCUGGGACUCGAGCGCUAAUAAAUCAUUAUUUAUACAGCUCUUGUGAUGAUAAAUACUCAAAUUGCGUUGUGCCACUCGAGGCCGCACUGAAGUCGAUCCUUCAAUGCAUUUAAUUUACGUAUUAUCCUGUUAACAAACUCAACUCUUUUUCGUCCGGAUUUUUCUCUCAGUAUUCUCCCAUUAAUUAAUUCCUUGGUUGUUUUUCCUCGUUCGUGCAAUCCCAUGGAAACAUUCGGUGACGGGUUUCCCCCAUUUCCUCUCCAUCCUUCGUUCGAUAUCACAAUUUCACAAAAAGAGAAUCAAUGAUAAUGCACUAAUCGGAUGACACGACAAAGAACUGUUAACAAUAAUUGUGCCAAUGGAAAAUACUUGCCAUUAAUUAUGUGCCAAUUUUCGUGCCAAUUGCAAAAAGUGUUGAGGCGAGAGAGUGAGAGAGAGAGAGAGAGAGAGAUGAAGAUAUCACUGUUUGCGAUCGGUAUUUGUAAAUACGAUGAUGAUGCGUUUUAUUGUAUGAUAAAUUAAAACGACAAUGUGCAUUGGUUUCAUUGGCAAUUAGCAAUCAUCAGCGCAUUGAAAUCGUAUCAAGUACAAUAUUAAUCAGGUUCACCUGAAACAUAUCUAACUUUGUAACUAAACUUUAGAUAAUUUACAUUAAUUAAAGGAGAAGAGAAAACACAAACAAAUGAAGGAGAUUAAAUUUAAGUCAAGUGAAGAAAAAAUCACUGUAAAUCGACGAGAAAACUAGCAAAAAAAUGAAUUGUGAAAAUAUUAGGGAACAUCUGAUGUUCCCGAGAAAAAGAGCAUGUACAGAGCAUUUGAAUCUUUCUUGUGAUAUAAUCGUGCGUUGUCGAAUUAAAUGAAUGCUAAACAUUCCAUGUUUUUAUUAGAAAAAUGGUAUUAGUGAUUUCCAUUAAAUUGUGAGCAAUUAGUUGGGCUCAGAUUUGAGUCACAAACACGGAAGACUAGAGUUUUAUUGCUCGCAGUUACGAGUCGUUGUAAUUAUUUUAUUAUGGAGAGAAAAAUACAGAAUUGCCUCGAUUAUUCAAUCGAUCGAGGUGAACAAUUUAUUGACAAUUCGAUAUCAAAGAUUUCAUUCUCAACAUUUUCAACGUGAAAAACAAAAUAGAGAGCGGCGUAGUGUGCUAUAUUAUACAUACAAUAUAUAAAUAUAAAUAUAUAUAUAAAUAUAUAUAUAGUUAGGAAACAAACCCGAGCCCUUAUUUUGACUCAUAAAAUAACUAUAGAGAACUUUACUCUCUAGAUUAUAUUAAUUAAGAACGAAAAAACAAUUAUAAAUUAAUAUCUUUAUUUAUAAUAAAAUAUAUCUAGAGCGAUGAGUAGAAAAUGGUCUUUUCUACCAAGAAUUUCUGUGCCAACUGUGAAAUAAUGUUGUAGAAAUUUUUUUUUGUUUCCCAAGUUGAAGAGCUAAAGUAUGAAAGAAAAUCAGAAUCGACAAAAAACAUCAUUCUAAUCUUGUAAGAUACUCAGAUCUAUCUUUAUUGAAAUAUAUUUGAAUUCUAGUAGUAUAUUGUAUUCCGGAAAAAAAUAUUAAUACGUUUCAUUUUUGUAUAUUGGUGUGUGAUAAAUAAAGUAAAUAAGAAUAUUGUUUCUAAGUAAA